CAAUUAUUAUUACAAGAGCAAGAAGUGCCCCUUUCCUCCAAUUAAGCAAACAUGAAGCAAAAAAUAGUCAUUAAGCUGAAAAUGGACUGCGACAAAUGUAGAAACAAAGCCCUCAAAAUUGCCGCAGAGGUACCAGGUGUGACUUCGGUGUCCCUGGAAGGGGACGACAAUGAUCGCGUUGCGGUGACCGGUGUAAACGUGGACAUGGUUUGCUUGGCCAACCAGCUGAAGAAGAAGUUCAGCUCUGUGACCAUUCCCACCGUGGAAGACCUAAUUAAAGCGGACGAAGAGAAGAAGAAGAAAGAGGAGGAGAAGAAGAAGAAGGAAGAAAGGUUGAAGAAGAUGCUGCGUGCUGCUCUGUGAAAAAGGUGCAAAAGCUCCAGUUGCCAUGGUAAGUGUGACACUUCAUGCUGCACAAAGUGUGAAAGCAUCCACUGUGAUGGCGAGUGUGUCAUGCUUUGUGCUAAUUGUGAGAGCCCCAAGUGCGAUGGUGAGUGUAAGCCAUGCAUCAAUUGCCUCAACUCCAAGUUUGAGUGUGAGUGUGAGUACAAGCCAUGCCCUAAGCCUCCUUCACCGUGCCCUAAAUGGUGCAACUGCCCCAAAUGCUAUGUGCCCUAUCAACAACCUUGUUAUUACCCUUAUCCUCCUCCAGUAGUAUGUUAUGAUACAUUUCCCGAUUCGCCUUGCUCCAUCAUGUGAUCCACCAGAAAUUAGCACUAUAUAUGCAACCACAUGGUUAAUUGGUGUGUACUAUGAUCGCAUUUCCAACCUAUGAUCUCUCAUAUAUAUUAUUUCAACUCCUACCUCUAUAUCAAUCCUAGUGAUUCUAUACUACCACAUGGUUUAAUAAUAAGAUAUUUGUAUUUGAUAAGAUGUUUGUAAUCUCCACUGUUUAAUGCAUCGGGGCACACAAGUACGUGCACGCACUGUGUUUGGUUAAUUUGUUCAUGAUGCUUGUUUUAGUUUCAUGUAAAAUUUCGAGGUUGAUUUCUCAUAUUGUUGAGCGAGAUCACAGUUUGU